GACGCCAAAUGAAGCCCAAAAUCCGAGUUUUCCCAGACACUAUUUCGGUUCCGCCGAUCUGUACGCGAGAAAGCCAUUUUCGUCCCGUGUGGAUUGAAACCGCAACUGGCCGAAGUCUCCCUCCCUUUCUCAAUCAGUGUUCAUAUCAAGUUAGCAACCAACAACACGUCAACGAGAAAUCUAGGGGUUCCACCAGGUACUCUCUUUCUAAUAUAACUCAUUUUACUUAAUUUUGGGCGAGAAUCGAGGAAUUCGAUUUUGGGAUAGUUUUAGCCGUUUAGGGAUUUGUAGUGUUGUACAAAUUGGAGGGGCAUUAGGGUUAGAGGGGUUUUAAUAAUUAUGGGGCGGUCGCACCGGUACCAGAGCACCGACCCACCGGACGACUGGGUUGAUGAAUCGUGGACCGUGGACUGCGUGUGCGGCGUGAACUUCGACGACGGCGAGGAGAUGGUCAAUUGCGACGAGUGUGGCGUGUGGGUGCACACGCGGUGCUCGCGUUACGUUAAGGGAGACGAUAUUUUUGUGUGUGAUAAGUGUAAGGGAAAGAAUGGUAGUAAUAGGAAUGAUAGUGAGGAGACUGAGGUUGCGCAGUUGUUGGUGGAGCUUCCCACCAAGACGGUGAGAAUGGAGAGUGGUGGGUAUGGGUCCAAUGGGCUGCCGGCUCCAGCGUCAGCUCCAGCGCCAGCGCCGAGGCGGCCGUUCAGGCUUUGGACUGAUAUCCCGAUGGAGGAGAGGGUGCAUGUGCAGGGCAUUCCGGGUGGUGAUCCGGGUUUGUUUGGUGGCUUGUCGUCAGUGUUUACGCCAGAGCUGUGGAAGUGCACUGGGUAUGUGCCCAAGAAGUUUAAUUUUCAGUAUAGGGAGUUCCCUUGCUGGGAUGAGAAGAGAGAGGGAGAUUCUAGGAUUGAAGAUGAGAAUGAGAAUCCGGUUGAUAAGGGUGCCGGAGUUUUGUUCUCCUUGUCAAAGGAGAGGGUUUUUGCUGCCCCCAUGGCAGCUUUGGUGGGAAUGAGAGGGAGGAGUGAGGAAGGUGGGUGUGAUAGGAAGGUGGCGCCUUUGAAGGAGAUGAAGACGUGGGAGAGUGAGGAAUUAGAUGCUAGACGUGUGCAGAAUGGUGGUGUGAAAAAGGAGAGGAGCUUACUUCGACCUGUUGUAGUACAAUCGAGCAAGCGCAAGAAAGAAGAUUGGGGGACAUCCAAAGAUCGGAGUGGGAAGAAGAAGGCUAGAACUGCUGAGAAAGAGGCAGAUGCAAGGAAGAGAGGUUCACAUUCUUCUAAAACAGCGUUUACACCCACCAGUGAAUUUUAUGAAGACAGAGGUCCGAAGUUUAUCAAAGAUGACAUUAAAAGUGUUAAGAACAAGAAUUUGAAGGAUGCUGUGGUUCCAGAGCACGUACCAGAUGGUUUUCUUGCAGUAGACAAUAAUGUUGAAGAGCUUCAGAACAACUUACCUGCUACUAAGCACUCUUCAGAAGCCUUACCUUCUGACUUGCCUAGGUGUGCGCUUUCUUCUGGAUCUGGUCUCAAGGAAGAAAAAGAUGGUCAUCAAGUACCUACAGCGGUUGGGAGUUCUCCGGAAACUGUUGUUGGUGUUGCAUCAUCGUUAGAAAAUAUUGAUGCUGGUGGUGUUCCUGUAAAAGAAGAGGGAGCUAGCAGGGAAAAUGAUAACUUAGAAAAUAGUGCAGAAGGUUCUGCUAGACCUGUUGUGAAGCCUCCUAAUGCAGAUCUGGCUAGCACUGCUCCGGAAGUUAAGGACAAUCAGAUUCUCCAAGAUUUUAAUGGGGACAUGUCACUGACCUCUGUACAACCAAACAUUAAAGUCAAAACUGAAGAAGAUGAAGCAAAUUCUAGGGGGAUCUUGAAUAUUCAGUCUUCUCCUCUAGGUGAUGCAAAAGAUACAGGGAUAUCUUCUGAUCGAAUGUCUGAAAAUUCUAAAGUGAAUGAUGCACCUUUAAGCUGUUCGCAAUCCAGUGACCAUAUACAAGAUGCACAGUCUAGUGACCAUAAACAAGAUGCUGAAAGAAGUUCAGAAGCAGUCAGUGAUUACCAUAUAGAUAAAUGUGAUGCAUUAUCUGGUGGUCCUUGUCAGGUUAAACGAUUAGAGGACUCUGAAUGUUCUGUGGCAGUUAAAAAGAUUCCCUCUGAAGCCAAACAUGUGUCGGGGUUUGCUGAAGAGCGUUCAAGGUCUGGUUCAAACUCUUCAGCACAACCCAGCCAACAUAAACUGGUAGUAUCUGUUGGAAAAUCUUCUUCCACUUCAUCCACCAUCGUGCCUUCAAAAUCAUCCACUACUGAUGACUUUAAAUCUGCUGAUACUCAGAAUCCAAACCCUAUCACUAUGCAACGAGCAACGUCUGACUGCAAUGUUAGAAAUAAGAAAGAUCGUACUUCAAGUGAUGUGGUCAAGGAUGAAGAAAAUGAUGACUUGCCUAGGAAUACCAUAAAAGAGCGUCUGAAAUCUUCUGAAAAUUCUGCUUUGAAAGCGUCACACUCGAGCAAGAUUUCACAUGAUUGUGUUCCAAAGCGAACUGUAUCAGAUUCUAAAGAUUCUGUCCUCCACUCAUCUUCUAAAUCGUCGUCAUUACAGAAUAUUGUUCCUAGUACUGGCUCUGGUGAGUCUGCUGGAUCACUGCACCAUCAGAAGUCUUUACAUGCACAAAAUAAGAUUCCAGCUUCAGGUCUACCACAAAGAGGUGAAAAGUUUAACCAGACAAAUUUCCUGCCAUCAUCUAAGAUGAACCAGAGCCAUGGACCUUCCGGGCAUCCUCCAGCUUCAAAUUCUCCUGCGAUACUCAGCGACGAAGAGCUUGCUUUACUUUUGCAUCAAGAACUCAACAGUUCUCCUAGAGUACCUCGUGUGCCACGCAUGCGCAACGCAGGUAGCUUACCUCAGUUGGCUUCUCCAGGUGCGACAAGCAUGCUAGUAAAGCGUUCAUCUAGCUCCGGAGGAAAGGACCACAGUUUGGUUUCUAGGAGAAAAUACAAGGAUACAUCCAAAGAUGGAUUCCGCAGUUCUCGUGAGAUUGAUGAUGAAGCGAAAAAGAUGGACAGAGUGCCAUCUUCUCCUGAUCGAAGGAAACAAGAUGUAGUGCACAAGGCAGAUGCUUCUACUACCAAGAGGGAGGAGAAUGGGUCCCCAACAGGGUUGCUUUCUGUUAAGAAGAAUAUCCCUCCUGCCUCCACAACUACAAACAGUGGCCCGUCUUCCUCCACUGAGGCUAAUGAACGUAAUUUGUCGUCUGAUGAUGCAGGGGCAGUUGGGGGUCCUGUUCAUCGCACUUUACCAGGCCUGAUCAAUGAGAUUAUGAGCAAAGGCAGGCGCAUGACUUAUGAGGAACUCUGUAAUGCUGUCCUGCCACACUGGCAUAACUUGAGGAAGCAUAAUGGAGAGCGUUAUGCAUAUUCAAGUCAUUCUCAGGCUGUUCUUGAUUGCCUGAGGAACCGUCAUGAAUGGGCUCAGUUGGUUGAUCGUGGUCCCAAGACAAAUUCAAGCAGGAAAAGGCGUAAGUCAGAUGCUGAUGAAUCAGAGGAUAAUGAAUAUGGCAAAAGCAGAUCUACAAAGGAGGUAGAAGGUAAGAGCCUUGACUCACAAAGAGAAGAGUUUCCCAAGGGCAAGCGGAAAGCACGAAAACGCAGGCGGUUGUCUCUCCAAGGGAGGGGAAUAAAGGAUGUGAGAAAGUCAAGGAAGGCUGAUUCGCUCUCUGAUGAUGAUGUUGGACCAUUUACUGAUUCUAGCGAGGAGAGUAUGUUCAGCGAGGAUGAGAUUCAGGGAGGUGGAGCAUGUCCUGCAGGGAGUGAGGCCUCUGCUAGUUUAGAUGAGACAGGGACCUUGUAAUUCUAGAUUGUUACUUAACAAAAAAAAAAAAAAAAAAAAAUCUAGAUUGUUGAACUUUUGGUCUUUCUGCUGAUUUCAAUGGUGGUUCUGGAAGUGGCUACGACCGUGUUCAAUGACCGGAACAUGUUGCCGAGCAGUCCAGCAUCUUCAAUGUAAAUUUCUAGUUACAGAGCCCAUUGUCUUAUGGCCUCAAAAGGAUGAUGGAGGUCCAUCUACACCUACGAUGAUAUCUCAGAUGAGAGAUUCAGAAUCAGAGCGCUCUUCCACCCUAUUGUAGUUGAUGAAUUUUGUGACCAGUGUUAGUGUUGCUGGACGAGUGGUGGGUAGAUACUUAGUGCCAAAUUUGAUGUGACUAAUGUAUAUAUUUAUGUACAUAUGACUUGGUACUUUGUAAGCAUUUUUGUUUUCAGUAGUAGAUUCGCUGAAAUUUAGAAAAGAAGUAUCAUAUCGGAUAUAGCUUUAGCAUGACUGUGACGGGCAGGUCAUGAAAUUUCUUUUCUUGUCA